AUCACAGGACAUGGUGACAUCACCCACUAGUGCUGAUGGUGAUGCUAUCAAGGUUUAUGUAAGAGUGCGUCCUCCUUCAGAAGGAACUACGGUUGCUGAUAGAGAUAAUGGCUUGUGUUUAUCCGUUCUUUCAUCAAACAGUAUCCUUUUGCACUCAAAGCCUGAACCUAAGAUCUUCACAUUUGAUGAUGUGGCAGAUGCGAGUACUACUCAGGAAUCAGUGUUCUCAAGUGUGGCGAAAAAUAUAGUAGAAUCAUGCAUGAAUGGCUACAAUGGAACUAUUUUUGCUUAUGGGCAGACUGGUUCAGGGAAAACCUUUACUAUGAUGGGACCUCCAGAAUCUGAUAAUUUUACUCAUAAUCUGAGAGGAGUUAUACCACGAAGCUUUGAGUAUCUUUUUUUCCUAAUUGAAUGUGAAAAAGAAAAGGUUGGUGCUGGAAAGAGUUUUCUCUGUAAGUGUUCAUUUAUUGAAAUCUACAAUGAGCAAAUAUUUGAUUUAUUGGAUUCUGCUUCAUCUGGACUUUUCCUCAGAGAGCAUAUCACAAAAGGGGUAUUUGUGGUUGGUGCAGUAGAGAAAGUGUUGACUUCAGCUGCUGAAGCAUUUCAGGUAUUAACAAUGGGCUGGAGAAAUCGUCGUGUAGCAGCUACCUCAAUGAACAGAGAAUCCUCAAGGUCACAUGCGGUCUUCACUAUUACAGUAGAAUCAAUGGAGAAGAACAAUGAAGUUAUGAACAUUCGAUCCUCUCAACUCAAUUUGGUAGAUUUGGCUGGAUCUGAAAGACAAAAAGAUACUCAUACUGAGGGUGUUAGGUUAAAGGAGGCAGGGAACAUAAAUCGAUCUUUAAGUUGCCUGGGCCAGGUGAUCACUGCACUUGUUGAUGUGGGCAAUGGAAAACAGAGACAUAUCUGCUACAGGGACUCCAGGCUCACAUUUCUGCUGCGGGAUUCACUUGGAGGUAAUGCGAAAACAUGCAUCAUAGCAAAUGUUCAUCCAGGAGCCAGAUGUUUUGGUGAAACCUUGUCUACUCUUAACUUUGCUCAGAGGGCAAAACUGAUAAAAAAUAAGGCUGUGGUAAAUGAAGAUACUCAAGGGAAUGUAAAACAACUGCAAUCAGAAGUGAGGAAAUUGAAAGAGCAGCUUGCUUUGCUUACUUCAGGGCAUAGUGUAAAUGAUAUUUCUUCUGCUGCUACCAUCGUACAUAAUGUGGGAAAUACAGAUUAUAUGAAUCAUUUCUUUGAAGCUAUGCUCUUCUUGGAAAAAUGUGAAAGUGAAAAAAAGGUGCUAUUAGAAAAGGUUACACAACUGGAAGAUCUGUGUAUGAAAAAGGAAAAAUUCAUUCAGUCCAAUAAAAUGAUAAUUAAAUUCAGAGAGGAUCAUAUAACUCGCCUGGAAAAAAUACAUAAACAAGCUCAUGGAAGUUUUUUGCCUAAAGAUCAAGAAGAUUUUUUCAGAGAAUUGAACGAAGAAUUAAAGAUUCUCAGAGAACAGGUAGAUCAGCAUCCACGAGUAUCAAAAUAUGCCAUGGAGAAUCAUAUCCUCCGAGAGGAAAAUAAACAACUUCGUUCACUACAGACAGUGAAAAUAACCCAAGAAAUGGAUGCUCAAACCAUGGCAGAGUUGGAAAAUAUUUUCCUAGAAAUUUCAAAUAGAGAAUGCAAUAAAAAAGGUCAGCAGGUGUGUUCUGCCACCUUGGCAGCAGAUAGCAGUUCCGCAGGAUCUGUUGAAAGGCUGAAGGAACGCUUGCUGCGUACCCAGAGUGAGCUGGCAAGUUCUACUCAAGAACAUGAAGAAUUCAAGGAGCUAACGAAAAAAAAGCAGAUGGAAUUAGAAUCAGAACUUCAGUCUCUACAGAAGGCAAAUCAGCAUCUUGAAAAGAUUUUAGAAGCAACUAAAGCUUGUAAACGCCAGGAAGUGUCUCAUCUUAAUAAAAUCCACAGCGAAACUUUAAAGAACAUGACUACACCUACGAAAGCUUAUCAGCUGAGAUCUCGACUGGUGCCAAGAUUAACUCCUGAAAUGUGGAGGCAAGAAUCUGCUGAUAUGCAGAGUUCAGAACAGCCAGUGGAUGAUAUUUUUAAUGAACCCAUCCCUCCUGAGAUGAAUGAGCAAGCAUAUGAGGCUAUUGCAGACGAGCUGGGAAUGGUGCAGGAACAAUUAAGCAAUCUUCAGAUCAAACUAGAUGCAGAAGAAGGUAAAACUAUAAAGCUUCAGCAGCAUAUUAGCAAGUUGGAACACCAUUCUUCCCAAAUGCAAGAGCUUUUUGCUUCAGAAAGAAGUGAUUGGCAAACAGAAAAGCAAGAGCUUCUUGAAAAAAUAGACUGUCUAGAAAAGCAGUACCAGGAAACUCAGAACACAGCUGAUAUAUUGAAGAGUGAGGUACAUGACCUGAGAAUUGUUCUACAGUCUGCAGAUAAGGAACUGUCUGGUAUAAAAAUGGCGUAUGAUACUUUCAGAGAAAAUCAGGAGAGAGAAAUCAGUGAUCUUUCUAUUAGACAUAUGAAUGCGCAACUGCAACUUGAUAAUGUUAGGCUAGAAUAUGAAAAAAUACUCAAAGAAAAAACAAGCCUACAAGAUGAAUAUGAAAAUCUCCAGGAAAUAAUGAAAUUUGAGACUGAUCAAUUGACACAGCAGCUCAUUGACAGCAAUCAGGAAAGUGAAGAACUGAAAACUGAGCUUCAGAAUAUAUUAGGCUUGUUGGAAAGUGAAAAAGAACAUAACCGCAAAAUAACAAUGCAGCUACAAGAAGAUAAAGAACAUCAUACUAAGGAACACUUGAAAGCACUUCAAAUCCCAGAGUUAGAAAAAGAGUCCUAUGAACAGGUGUCAAGAUGUGAGCAGCAGGAAGCAAAAUUGCAGAAAUUGGAGGAAAAUUUAAUUGCUGCUGAAGAGGCUGUUGCUUCUUUGCAAAAAAUAAACAUUGUUGAUAAGGAGGUUAUAGCCGAUCUCAUGAGCCAGAUCCUGGAGAUGAGGGUGUCUGCCAGUCAGAAGACAGAGUGCAUAGAAGGGCUCAUAAGUGAGCUAGAGGACUUAAAAAGUAAGUAUGAUUCCACUUUGGUUGCAAAAGAAGAAAGCAAAACUAUUACUGAAGAUCAGAAGAGACAGAUUGAGGAUUUGAGAGAGGUCUUGGAGAGAAUGCAGGCUGCUGAUAAAAUUGAGAAGGAGAUUCUUUGUGAGGAGCUGCAUCAUACCGCUGAACAGCUGAGCAAUUUAACUGAAGCUUCUAAAAAUCAUGCAGUACUUCUUCAGUCAGCACAAGAAGACCUAAUUAAAAAAGAAUUAUUAAUCCAAGAACUUCAGAAAGAGUUGGACAAAAAGUCAGAAGAACUGGAAAGCAGGAGAAAUGAAUAUGAAUUGAAAAUGCAGCAAAUAGACUGUGUUAUGGAAUCUGUUAAUGAAGCAAUUCCACAGAGUCCCCAAACUCCAUCAGACUAUGACAGAAAUUUGGCAAAGCUGUUAGAAACGUAUGAGCAGAAAAUAGCAGACCAGAGAGCCGCUGCAGUUACCUUGGAACGUCUUGUAUCCGAGUUAAAUGAAGAAAGAGAUGCUAAAAAUAAUGAAAUAUUAAGAUUAAAGGGUCAGUUGUGUGAUUUGGAAAAUACUCGUCUGGAAAUGCAAGUAUUAAUGGAAAACAAUAGAAAUUUGCAGAGCCAGCUUGAAGAAUCCAAAAGAGGGAGGAGAGCCAGUGGUACAAAAUAUCCAGAUGUUCAAGACCUAAGAGAAAAAGAGAAGGAACUAAGUGAAGAGAGACUGGCAAAGAAUAAAGCAGUAGAAGAAAUGCUGAAAGCUAUCUCAGAAUUAGAGAAAAUCAAAAAUGAUCUUGGAAACAAGGAGAUUGCCUUUCGGGAAAUGAUUCAAGAAGUGGAAUGGUCAAAAGCUUCAGAGUCAAAGGCAUACAAAGAGAAAGAACAAUUGACACUGAAACUGGAGGAAGUGUUUGAAGAAAAAGUAAAAAUUGAAACGGAGAUGUCCUUGCUAAGAAAACAGAUUGAAUCUCUUGCUGAAGAGAAUGGAAAGCUGGUUGGUCACCAAAAUGUAAAUCAGAAGAUUCAGUAUCUUGUGAAGUUGAAAAAAGAGAACGCUAAACUGAUAGAGGAAGUUGAAGUACUUCGUGUUGAGAAUGCCUUUUUGAAAGGAAGAUGUCAAGAUUAAUUAUACCAAGAAGUAAGAGUAUUAAAGCAAAGGCCUGUGAUUAAGC